UAUGAGGCUUGCGGUGUGGGUAGAUGACAGCUAUAAACAAGCGCCGCUAGAGCUCAGGCAGUUGGAGAGAAACUAAACAGUGAAGGGGGAUAAACGGUGUAAAGAGGAACACAGAAUAAGCACCAGUCAAAAGAUGGUGAGGGGUCGAGCUCUGGCCCAUUGCGGGCUAGUUCUGCUGAGUUUGUGGCUGUGUAUCCAAUCAGUGCCGAUCAGUGUGGACAAGACAAAUGAAAAGCCUCAGAAGGAGGAGCUGGAGCCACCACAGAGUGCUGAAACUGGGCUACACUACGACCGCUACCUCAGGGAAGUCAUUGAGUUCCUCGAGAAAGACCCCCACUUUAAAGAAAAGCUAAAAAGUGCCAACAUGGAUGACAUCAAGAGCGGUAAACUUUCCAAAGAGCUGGACUUUGUUCACCACAAUUUCCGGACAAAGCUGGACGAGCUGAAGAGGGAGGAGAUGAACAGGCUGCGGAUGCUCAUUAAAGCCAAACACGACAUCCAGGGAGGGAAUGGCUGGAAAGUGGACCACCAGGCACUGCUGAAACAGUUUGAACACCUCAACCACAUGAACCCGAACACGUUUGAGGUGGUGGAUCUGGACCGUCUCAUCAAAUCGGCAACCAAAGACCUGGAGAACUAUGACAAGGACCGACACGAGGAGUUCAAGAAGUACGAGAUGAUAAAGGAGCACGAGAGGAGGGAGCGUCUGAAGACCAUGCCCGAGGAGGAUCGAAAGAAGGAGGAGGAGCACUACGAGGAGCUGAAGAAGAAACACGCCGACCAUCCUAAAGUUCACCACCCUGGCAGUCGGGACCAGCUGAAAGAGGUGUGGCAGGAGGCAGAUGGUUUGGACCCAGAAGACUUCGAUCCCAAGACCUUCUUCAAAAUGCACGACAGCAACGGAGACGGCUUCUUAGAUGAGAGCGAGCUUGAAGCUCUCUUCACUAAAGAGCUGGAGAAGGUGUACAACCCUGAGAAUGAAGAAGACGACAUGGUUGAGAUGGAAGAAGAGAGGCUGCGGAUGAGAGAGCAUGUGAUGAACGAGGUGGACACCAAUAAGGACAGACUCGUGUCGCUGAACGAGUUCAUGGCUGCUACGAAGAAGGAUGAGUUCUUGGAAAAGGAUGAAUGGGAGACUUUAGACAAUAACCCCCUGUACACUGAGGAGGAGCUGAGAGAGUUUGAACAGCAUUUGACCAACGAGGAGAACGACAUCAACAAGAAGGCGGUGGAGCUGCAGAGACAGCGAGAGGAGCUCGAGAGGAAACAGGAAGAACUUAAUGCUCAGAAGUUGGGACUACAACAGGCAGUAGAAGACAUAGAGAGGAUAAAAUCCCAAAACACAAAACCGGAAGUCAAACAGGCUGGAGCGACUGUUCCUGAACGUGACCGAGCACCAGUUGUUCCAGUAAACAGUCAACCAGUGCAGGACGUCCCGGUGCCAGGCCACUCUUAGCAGGAUUGAAGAAUACUCUCUCACUCUGUGUGUGUGUGUGUGUGUGUGUGUGUGUGUGUGUGUGUGUGUGUGUGUGUGUGUGUGUGUGUGUGUGUGUGUGUGUGUGUGUGUGUGUGUGUGUGUGUGUGUGUGUGUGUGUGUGUGUGUGUGUGUGUGUGUGUGUGUGUGUGUGUGUGUGUGUGUGUGUGUGUGUGUGUGUGUGUGUGUGUGUGUGUGUGUGUGUGUGUGUGUGUGUCUUUACUUUGUAAUGAUUUGAAGCUGUUCUUGAUAAUUACUUUUAUAACACCACCUGACAAAGUGCCGCCGUAAAUAUCAGAGAAUAUGACUUCAGGCUUCCGAUCUCAUGCCAGCGCCUGUUACUGCUGAUUCGGCUGCUUAAAUCAGAGCAGAAAUGUCGAGCAGGUCCAGUUUUUAAAGCGGAUAAUUAACCCUAUUUUUAUUUUAUUUUACAACACCAGUUGAUUCUGAUUAUAAAGUACUACAUGGUGAAAUGAGGAACCUUCUUGCCCAAAAGGUGGAAGUUUAGUAGACACACUGUUGGUCAUUGUCACUGUCUCUUAGAGUAAUUUUAUUUUUUGUUUUUUAUGCUGCCUUCAUGUGCUCCUCGGAAACAUCGUACUUCCCAGUUGUGCAGUCGUAAUGACAUGAAUGAGAAGUAAGCAGAGCCUCCCACUUGAUGACGAUUCUGACGUCAAGUCGGGAACCUAAUUAUUUUCCGAGUUUCUGAGUUGAGGUGUUCAUGUGACUUUUACAACUCAGAAACUAGUUUUUCCGAUUUGUCUGACACCACAUGAAUGCAGCAUUUUGCUUAGCUAGCUAGCUUUAUUGCUAAAAUUAGGCUUAGCAUACUGUGUAGGUGUUGUCACCGUGCUUGUUGUCUCAGUUAAUUGUUGACACUGUCUCCAAGCUUUCCGGUUUUUAUCCUCACCUGAAAAGUCACAAACGUCACAACUCUGCAACACAUGUAUCACUGAAACUUCUUUAUUUCCCACUCGAAGUCAAGACAAUGGAGGGCCGUUAAUGGGCUCAUAACUCGUAAAUGCGGUGAAUAUCAUAUUUACCAAGAGCACUUGAAGGCAGCAAUAUUCCAUAAAGGAGAUAAUAUUCAGUAAAAAAAAGAAGAGAGUGAGUUUAUUUAGUGCUGCUGUCUAAUGACUUCAAUCAUUCAGUGUACAUUAGAGGAAAACUAAUAUUUUAAUAUAUAACUAAUAUUUUAAAAUGUUUUAUUAUAAGAAACAUUUUAUUUAACCAGUCAUUUGUGAGUUUCUUUCUAGUUUCACCUUUAGAUGUGACAAAGAAUAUUUAAAGGUCACAUAUUAUACAAAAUAGACGUCAGACAGGUUUUUCUAACUAUAAUUUGUGUCCCUAGUCUGUCUACAAACCCCCCAAUGAUGAGAAAAGUCCAUCCUCUCCGUCUUUUGCCUGCUCCACUUUUCAGAAAAUGUGUGCUCAAAUAGGCCGUUUGGAGAUUUUAUCUUCAUGACAUCACAAAGGGCAGUAACCCCUCCCCCAGGUGGGUGACACUCCCACAGCUAGGUGUUUGUUCUGCCCUCUGAGUCUGCCUUCUCACCAUAAACAAUAGGACAUGGAGCGAGAAAGCCCGAGUACACCCAAGACCUUCCAGAGAGGGGGCGUGGUCAGACACAGCUCAUUUACAUAUUUAAAGCUACAGACACAGAAACAGCCUGUUCUGAGCAGGGCUGAAAUAGAGGGGUUUAUAGGCAUGAUCAAAUACAGGAUCAGAGUGGAUUUAGAACAAGAAACUUCACACAUGUUUUGAGGAGCUCUGAGACUUAUUGAAACUGGUUGAAGAGGAGGAGAAUAUGUGACCUUUAAAUAGUUAAUCAAUAUUUCAAUCAGUUGGUUUUGUCCCGUUUAAUUACUUACAAUGUUUAAGAUAUCACUUUACUGUCCGUUUGCACCGAAAUUGGUCAUGCAUCACAAGCUCAGAAAUCCUCACAUCACACGUAAAAGACAUCAUGACUCCAAGCUCCAUCCGUUACACACUUUUUGGUUUCACCAUUAUAUUUCUCUAUUUUUUAUACGGUUAUGAAAAAUCGAAACAUCAUCCUUCUACUGAUCUCUCAAGCUGUUGUCUCCUUUGGAUCAAGUGAUAUGAGCAGAGAAUAUUUAUUUUACUGAUAACAUGUAUAUUUUAAUAUUUUAAUUCAAUAUAAUGAUGAUGGUGUUAAAGUAACAGUUGUGUAGAUACUGCAGUGGUUGUAUGUGCAGCUUGUUUGUGUGUCAAUUGUUUUUAUGAUUCUUUUAAUUUAUUUAUUCAGUUCACCGCCAAGAGAAAAUAGGCCAGUUAAAUUAUUUUCUUUAUGUCUCUUUCAAAAAGCAGAUUCAUCCGUGUACCGACUCAUUUCCUGUUGUGCAAGGUUUGAAUGUGGACAAUAAAGUGAAUGGGAUUGCA